UUAUGGUAAACGCAGACUUGAGCGUUUCCGGCUGAGACAGUGCCAGUUCUAAAGAUGGCGGAGUCCGUGCUGGAAGUUGUGGAGAAGCUGCAGUCUAGAUUAUCGCUCAGUGCUGAGCCUAGGAAGUUGCAGAAGACACUGAAGAGACUUGGUGAUCUGCCUAUUACUGUUGAUAUUUUAGUGGAGACUGGAAUUGGAAAGACUGUGAACGGCUUGCGAAAGCAUGAAUUUGUGGGGGAUCUUGCUAAAAAUCUGGUUGCUCAGUGGAAGAAGCUAGUGCCCCAGGAAACUCCAAGAGCCCCAGACUCUGAUGAGCGGGAACACAAUAAAAGCAGUGUCAGGAAAAGACCAAGGUCUCCAUCUCCUCAGUAUGAUGAAGAGGAGGAAUAUGAUGAAGAACUUCAACCAGUUUACCACAGCGAUGCUAGGCACAGACAACCUGUUGAACCACAGAGAGAAUUCAGAAAGGAGGAAAAGCAUUUGCGGCACUGUUCUGAUCAUGACGACUCGGAUAAUGGUCAGGCAUAUUCUCCAGAACCCAGUUACAGCCCCCCUAUCACAUACAAAGACAGAUCAAUCCAAAAACCAAGUAAAGAUCACAAAUCAUCUCACAAGGAAAAGCACCAACUGGAAAACAGGGGUCUAAAUCUGGAGAAAAAGAAAGAUAAAAUCCGCCAGUUCGAUAUACAGAAAGAAUCCACAUCCUCUGCGGGAACUAGCCAUGAAAAGCUGCUGUCCCCUCUAACUAGAGACCAACCAUGUAAGAAGGAGAGGAGCAGACAUAGUGAAUCUAAAGGCCACUCCAUCGAUUCUGUAAACACCAAAAAACAUAGCCACCAAGAUAAAUCAAAACAAGAAAAGCAUAGGUUGGCUGUGGACAUGCAGGACACGGAGACAGGAAAAAGACAGGUGGAGAGAUAUCCAGAGUCGUCAAAUGAGAAGAGGGAGAAAAACAAGGGCAAGUCUGGAGCACAAGAGAAGAAGGCCAUCAAGUUAUUUGUGCCACCCAGUGACCCAGAUAUGGAAGAUGAGUUUGAGAAGCCAACAAUGUCUUUUGAAUCAUAUCUAAGUUAUGACCAGCCCCAGAAAAAAAAGAAAAAAACAGUAGUGAAGACUGCAGCUGCAGUACCUGAAAAGACUAAAAAGAAGCAGAGUAAUAACAGGCCAGACAGCAGCAGGAAUAAGGACCUUCCCAAAAAUAAAACAGAGACUUCUAACAAAGAAAGGGACACUAAGAAGAAAGAAUCCAUAUUAAGCAAGAUAGACCAGAUCCCAGUGUUACCUGAUAUUCCACUGCCUCUAAUCCAGCCAAAUUACAGACCUCUCCCUUCUAUUGAGCCUGUGCCAUUCUCUCCCAAUAAGCGGAAAGCACCACUGAUGUCUGCUUAUGAAGAAGAAGAAUCAGCGGGAUUUACAGGACGCAGAUUUAACUCUAAAAUGCAGGUGUAUUCUGGAUCUAAAACGGCAUACCUCCCCAAAAUGAUGUCUCUCUAUGAACAGUGUAUACGUGUCUUGGCCAACAACAUAGACUCUAUUUAUGAAGUGGGAGGUGUCCCGUUUUCUGUUCUGGAGCCAGUUUUGGAAAAGUGUACCCCAGACCAGUUGUACCGCAUUGAAGAAUGUAACCAUGUUUUAGUUGAAGACACAGACCGCCUUUGGAUGAAUCACUGCCAAAGAGAUUUCAAGAAAGACAAGCCAGAUGAAUAUGAGUCUUGGAGAGAGCUGUAUCUCCGCUUGCAUGAAGCUCGGGAACAGAGGUUGCUCAUGCUUACUCAAAACAUCCGCUCUGCUCAUGCAAACAAGCCUAAAGGCCGACAAGCAAAGAUGGCAUUUGUGAACUCAGCUGUGAAGCCCCCCCGAGAUGUAAGAAGGAGACAAGAAAAAUUUGGGACAGGAGCAGCAGCAGUCAAUGAGAAGACCAGAAUUAAACCCUUCAUGCCCAUCAGUAACACAAGUUACACUAGUAACACAAGUUACACUAGUAACCAUGGUCAGUCGGAGGAGCAAAGGUCAUUUGAAGGACCAAGUACCAGUAACGCAGUGUCCGCACCAGCCAGUGUUCAACCCAGUUAUGACUCACGCAAACCACAAGUUAAAAAAGUUGCACCAAUGAUGGCCAAAACUAUCAAAGCUUUCAAAAACAGAUUCUUCAGGCGAUAGAAUACAAGAAUAAUGAUGGACUCUGUUUUUUUUGUUUUUUUUUGAGAACAGUGAAGACCUUUUUGGAACUUAACAUACACGUCUUUCCUCCAUAUAACUUGUUCCCUUUUACAAGCUGAAGAUUGUGUUUUAGUUACAGUUUUAUGCUGUUACAUUCUUCUAUUUAUAGCUUUUUGGGAUACCAUCUGAUUUUACACAUAAUGCUGACAAGGACGGUAUCGUCAUCAUCAUCAUUGUAGGAAAAUGAUUAUUGUUGUAUCAUGUGAAUAUCAUCUGAACUAAAUUUGUUACCCUGCAGUGGCAGUGUGCUUGAGAUCAGUCUGUCUGAUUUAAAGUGCUUGCAAAGCAAACAUUUAGUCUUCUGUGUUAUAACUUUAUGUAAAGCAUGCAUCUGAUUUAUUUGCAGUUCAUAGUCUUGGGGCCAGCUUGGGACAUCCUGAAAGUCCAUUCUUCCUCUCUCUUUUUUUUUUAGUUAUUUAGUAAUAGGGAGGAGCCCCUCUACGUGUAUUUAUGCCAUCAUGGACCUGUAUUUCAGUGUUGCUGUGUUAUGUAAAUUUGUUGUGAAUUGUUCUUUGCAGAGAGGUACUUUGAUCAGUAUCAUAGGAUCUAAUGGAUCAUUGUCCUGAUAUAUAAAAUACGGCCCCACAGCCUGAUUUAGGGAACACAUAACUUGUAAUUGUGCGCCUGUGCAAUCCAGAUAACAGAUGUUUCCAGUCUAGUAUUUUACCUGUAUUUAUUUGUAUUUCCUAUACAAGUUCAGUGCAUUGAACCUCUGUCCUUGAACAGAGAUGCAUUACUCGUAAUUCACUAACAUAGGUGCAUUAAUUAUUGCUUAGCAUAAAGGAUGGACAAACAAAACAGAAAAUAUGGUUGGCCAACAAGUGCCAUAUGCACUUUUGUGCGGGGCCACUAGCCAACACUGAAUAUGAUCAUACUGUAUUUCUGUAGUUUUUUCAGUGUCAGGCCCAUGGCACAUUGCAUUAAAGUCUGUAUUAAAAAAUGGCAGUUGGAUCCUCAGCAGAUUUUCCACCUGGCCUGAUUCAUUGUUAUUAUUAUUAUAAUGUAUUAAUAAAGCACCAACAUAUUCCGCAGUGAUACAAUACAUACUGACUAAGCCCAAGAAUAUGUUGAUAAAGAAGGCAGUGAAGAAGAUAGAUUUGAUACUAUAUAUGGAGUGAAGCCAGUUCUGCAAACUUGGUUAUGAAAGGCUGUACCAGUGACCACAUUCAGGCACCUUAAUUAUGGCAGUAAGUUACAGGCUCAGCAUUACUGUACUGGUUGCACCUAUGUUUGUGAAUUCCACCUUGUGUAACUAACAUCCGCUUAAAAUACAUGAUCAUUAUGUUUUAGUUUGCUAUUUUAAUUUAUUUGGGGGAAGGGGGGAAAUAUUGCUGCACACUUUAUGCCUGGCUUUGAGGCCAUACUUCCCACUACUUUUUAGCCUAUCCCUAACUAUUGCUAACAUGUAGGCAAUGGGGAGGAGCCGUAAUGAACUAUAAGGACUAUGAGGCGUCUGAUUUGUGUAAAUAAUAUUUUGUCGUUUCACUCAGAUGAAAUAUUUUAAUUAAACAUAUAAACAAAUGAUUUUAUCUCGAUCUUAAUAAAAUGCGAACACUGGAAA